AUGAACCCUCGUCGUGACUUUCUUCUUUGCCGCGGUCCUCCGAUGGCUCCCUAUGGCAAUAUCCCAGUGAUGCCCGCAGUGAUGCCCGGGGCUCAUCGCUGUGAUGGACCCCUUCCAUCGCCUGGGUUGUCUGAGUUGUCUGCUUUUGAGCCGAAUAUCCAUCAUACACCCGGGGAGACUCACCUUUCGUACCACGGUCCCCCGUUGGCUCCUCCUUAUGGAAGUAUUCCGGCCACGCCAGCGCAUCCUCGUCAUGGCAACCCUCUUUACCGCGGACCCCCGGUGGCUCCUUGUAGCAGCAUCCCAGUGAUGCCCGCAAGUACUCACCGUGACGAUGGCCACUCGUCGACCAAGUUGUCUGCUUUGGCGGCGGAAUUCCAUCCUGCAUCCACGCAGAUUGACCCUCCGCACCGCAAUCCAUCGAUGGGGCCUCGAGGUCACAUACCGACCGGGCCCAGGAACUAUCUCGGACAACAUUCUUGGCAGCCCCAAUCACGGUCCAACUAUCAUCGGUCCAGACAUGGCGGGACGCAUCAUGAAUCCGAUGCUCCUCAUGGCUAUCCUCCGGCCUUGGCUUGGGAACCUCCUCGUUUUCAUCACCGGCACCCGUAUAUUGACCACAUUGCUAACAUGCCAUACCAGAGCCCUCUUCAAAGCAACGGUAAUGGAGGAAUGCCUCCCACUAGUGCUUUUGAUCCUUUUAUCACCACCCCAAAUACGAUGACUCCAGGUGGCGUUGGGCCAGUAUCGGCGAAUCCUUACUCCCAUGACCCUGCAGCCGCCAUGGGAGGCGCUUUCUUUGCGAACCCAGCCGGCUUCCAGCAACCUGUUCAGUACCAUCUUUACGCCCCAAUUGGCCCGCAUAACCAAAACACUAUGGGUUAUCAGCGUAACGUCCAUGACCUUUUUCUUCCCAAUGAUUUGCGUGAGGAACUGCAGAAAAAGGCAGCGGCAACCCUGCAAACUCUCCCUAAUACGCAACUCCCGGCCCAGGUGGAUUACUUCCACUCUCUUGUGCCUCUGGAUCUUAGCCACCAGAAGAAUGCCUCGACCUUUGGCUACCCGAGCUGGAUCUACAAGGCCCAGUCUAGCAAGGAUGGUUGCUUCUACGCUCUUCGCAGACUUGAGGGUUUUCGUUUGACCAAUGAGAAGGCUAUUCGUUCAGUGCAAGCCUGGAAACGCGUUUGCAACGGCAGUGUUGUGACAGUUCAUGACGCGUUCACCAGCCGUAGCUUCCAAGACAGCUCUUUGAUCUUUGUGACUGAUUACCACCCCCUGUCCAAGACACUUGCAGAGCAGCACCUGAACACUGGAAAUCGGUAUCCUGCUCGUCCGAAUGCUCCUAUUUCUGAGCAGCUUCUCUGGGGUUACAUGACCCAAAUUGCUAAUGGGCUCAAGGCCAUUCACGCCAAUGGUCUGGCCGCUCGAGUCCUCGAGCCUAGCAAGAUUCUAGUGACUGCUAAAUCUCGCAUUCGCAUUAACGCUUGCGCUAUCCUCGACGUGGUGCAGUUCGAUACUCAGAAGACUGUGGCUGACCUGCAGCGGCAAGAUUUGGUCAACUUCGGCCAGUUGAUUCUCAUUCUUGGCACCGGCCAGCCUGCCGUCCAACACAACCUUAAUAAAGCCCUUGAAGUUUUCGGCCGCUCCUACAGUCCCCAGUUGAAGAAUUCUGUCAUGUGGCUACUGGGUAGUUUGCAGAAGGAGCAGGAGCGAAACAUUGAUACCUUCAUAACUGGCAUUUCCUCCCAGCUGAUGUCGACAUUUGAUUCGGCGCUUCAUAUGGACGACCAGUUGAACUCCGAUCUUUGCCGCGAGCUGGAGAAUGGACGGCUCGUGCGCUUGUUGAGCAAACUUGGAUUCGUCAACGAACGCCCUGAAUACGAACUUGACCAGCGCUGGUCGGAGACUGGAGAGCGCUAUUUCCUGAAGCUCUUCCGCGAUUACGUUUUCCACCAAGUGGAUGCCGCCGGCGAACCGGUGGUGGACCUCGGCCAUGUGCUGACUUGCUUAAACAAGCUCGAUGCGGGGACUGAUGAGAAGAUCCACUUGAUCAGCCGUGACGAGCAGAGCAGCUUCAUUGUCACAUACAAGGAGCUGAAGAAAGGAUUCGAGUCGUCCUUCCAGGCUCUCUUGAAGCCUGCUAGGCGGAUGCACUAG